CUUCCACCUCCAUCAUCGCGACCUGGCCGGGCCACGGGCUAGUUAGUUGCACCUUCAUAUUAUACGACGCCGAUUCUUGUCGUCUACGGCGAGUCUACAUACGUUAUACCCGCGAUACCUUUCCGUCGUCGUCCUCCGCUGCGCCUCCGCGUCGCUCGCAAACACUCUUUUCCUCCUUCUCUGCAUCGUCGUCGGUCCUCGUCCGACCGAUCCCGCCGCAGCCAUGUCUUCGCAACAGCUGCCCCAACUCAACAUCGAUCGCUAUGUCGUGAUCCAUGUUGCGACCACCUGUGACGAGCACGGCGUUUAUGUGACAAAGGACUCGGCCGAGGUGAUUGAGCUUGGUUGGAUCUUGCUCGACGCAAACUCGCUCGAGGAGAUCACCCACGAGAGUGUCCUCGUCAAGCCAGUCAACACUCCCAUCACUCCUCUCUGCACGAGCCUGACCACUUUGACUUGGGAGCAUGUUCGAAACGCUGGUACCUUUAGAGACGCUAUCACCCGAUUCGACACAUUCGCUACCGAGUACUUGACCUCCAAGAACCUCGACUUCGUCUUUGUCACACUCGAUGCAUGGGACCUCCGUGUCCAGCUUCCUCGCGAAGCCCGCGACAAGGCCGUUGUGCUGCCUCCUUACCUCCAGCACUCGCGAACCUUCGACCUCCGCACUGAGUACCAGCGCUGGCAGCAGCACCAUCCCGAGUCCCUGCCUUUCGGACCAUCAAUGCUCUCCAACAUCUGCGCCGCUCUCGAGGUCGAGCCCGUUCAGUCGAGCGCUCCCAUCAAGCACAACCUCCCCUUCCACCUGCAGGCGCUUGCCCCAGCUUCGCCUCGGCGUGCGAUGGAGGAGGCUAUUACCCUCGCCCGUGUCCUCCGGGGCUUGAUCAGAAAGUCACAGCCUCCCCAGGAACACCCCGAUGUGCUGACACGACCUAUGGAUGCCCGAGCUGACGUCCGAGCCUUCCUCUCAGAGAGGAGCAAGGUUCUUCACAUGUCGGGUCUUCCCCACGACACCACUCAGUCGGAGCUUGAGAGCUGGUUCACCCAGUUUGGUGGCCGGCCCAUCGCCUUCUGGACCCUUCGAACUCCCGAGCAGCACAAGCCCACCGGUACCGGCUUUGCUGUCUUUUCUUCCCAUGAGGAGGCUGCCGAGAGCCUUUGCAUGAAUGGCCGUGCCCUUAAUGAGAAGGCCAUUGAAGUCUCGCCCUCGUCCAGCCGUGUCCUCGACCGCGCUCAGGAUAUCCUGACUCCCUUCCCUCCCAGUAAGAACCGCCCUCGACCCGGUGACUGGACCUGUCCCUCUUGCGGCUUCUCCAACUUCCAGCGCCGAACCGCCUGCUUCCGAUGCUCGUUCCCCGCUGUCGGCGCCGGCCCCUCGAACGAUAUGGGUGGUGGCAACUACGGAGGAUACGGUUACGGCCCCCCUGCUAUGAUGCCUCCUCCUCCCCACGGCGGUCACCACGGUCCCAUGGGCCACGGUGGCGGACGCAUGGGUGGUAGCGGUGUUGUGCCAUUCCGUGCCGGUGAUUGGAAGUGCGGCAAUGAGGUAUGUGGCUACCACAACUUCGCCAAGAACGUCUGUUGUCUGCGUUGCGGUGCCAGCCGCGCGGGUGCUGCUGUCGUUGCCGACUCUGGUUACCCUUCUCCGAUGGACAAUGCUUCACAGUACGGCAUGAACCAGGGCGCCAUGGGCGGUGCUCCCGGACCUGGACCUUUCGCUUCUGGCAGCUCGUUCGGCUCUGGCGGUGGUUACAACCAGCACUUUGGUGGCCCUCCCAGCCACUAUCUUCCCUCCGGCAUCGGUGGUGGUGCGGCGGCUUACCCAAGCUCUCUGAACACACACGGCUUCGGCUCCGGCCCUGGUUCCCACUCGGCCGGCCCCUUUGAUAGCAGAGCUGCUGAGGCUGCUUUCCAGUCGGCCACCAACGGCCCCGCGUCUGCCGGACCGUCCAACAACUUCUAUAACAACAACGCCAACAACAGCGGCGGUAGCAACGAGAACGACCCCUUUGCGUUCCUGUCGAGCGGCAUCGGUGGUCUGUCUGUCAGCGGUGGAGAUGCUCGCCAGAACGGUGGCUCGGCGCCUCCCAACAAGUCGCCCGCUUAAGCAGUACAAGCUGCUUUAGCCGGGCCGUUGUGUACACGUUCUCGUUGGGCCUCCGCCAGGCAGGCAUCUAUCCAUCAGCAGCAAAGCGAGGAAGAUAACCGGUGGCGGACGGUUCCGUGUCACUUUUUUUUUGCGCAAAAACGACUUUGAAUGAUGAACAUAGAGCAUUUGACCUUGGCAAAUACCUUCUGGACUUGGUUGUUCUCUCAAAGGAAAGGCGGUACGGUGUGUGUAUUGGUUUCGGAAGACCAGGACGGAGUGUCGGAUACUACUUGAUUCAAGGCGGGACGUGUUACAAAAUUUCGAAAGGUUGGAAGACAAAAGUGACUUGAGUACCUCGCCGAUGCCAGGGGCUUUCUGUGCUGCUUGGUGUUGAGGGACGAGUCUAUUCGGUACGGGCUAUUACUUGCUGGGGGCCACGGCCUGUUUCAUUUUUGAUAAGCCCAGGGGGCGGCAGAGUUGUCGUCGUCGUCGAGGCUUCUUUGUCUCUCGAGUCUGUCACUUAGUUCUUGGGAGGGAACGAGAGUGAUGUGACGAGAGAAGGAGAGGGCCAUGGAUCGACAGACUACUUGAUCUGAUUCCCCGGGGUCUUUACGGGACGGAGGCGGCGGCAUUGCUGGAAAAUGGGUUCGGGGGGUUGGGUGCAUAGCGCAGGGGAGUGUAAGGGUAUAUCUUGGCUUUUCUGUGUGACUCAAAUAUCCAGUUCGCCGGUGUUAGCUUGGUUGUUGCCCGACAAGCUGCUUUUCUCUGUUGUCAUCCCUGCCCCUAUUUUCACUCUUCAUGUUUGUCUAUCUGUCUGUCUAUCUGUUUAUUAUGCUUUGUCCUUCAUUAUUCACACACACACACACACACACAAGUUUGAUUUCAACCCCCCCCUUGUUCAUCUUUCAUCACUUCACCUCGCAUAAACAACAUCAACCCAUCUUACAUCUUGUUUCUCUCUAUUUCUUCAUCUACCUGUUUAUUCAUUUCAUCUCAUUUUCACCUGGGACGCGCAGGAGCUGGGGAGCUGGAAACGGAGCGGCCAUGGAACUACUACCAAAGGGAGGAAAACAUAUUAAGGGGCGGCGGACAUGGAGGAGUCGGGGUGUGUCAAAAAAGGGAAAAAAAAACAUAUAUCAUCUCACAGAGGCUGGCUAUAUCUUUGUUGUUUGCUGCUAGGGAAAGGAGGGAGGGGUUCCGGGGUGGUGGUGCUGGUGGUUCUCGUUUAAUCUGUCUCUCUUG